AUGACUAGCCUCCUCAAUGACACCACGGCCAGCUUCCCGCCCGACGUUCUCGACGGAACGACAACGCCACGGAGCUACUGCUUUCACAACCCGGACGCAGCGGCGUGCGAGAACGUCGGCAGCUUCUACGAAUAUCACAUCGACCUGGCCGCCAACAUAGCCUUCCUCGCCCUCUUCACCGCCUCGCUGCUCGGAUACGUCUUGACCCUCGCUCUGACGCGCCGUGGACUCGCCUUUGGCCUCGCCUUCAUCCUCGGUCUCGUUCUUGAGGUCCUUGGCUAUGCCGGUCGCGUCAUCGGCUCCCAGAAUCCCUGGGAUGAGAAUGGCUUCCUUAUGCAGAUAUGCUGCCUCACCAUAGGGCCCGCUUUCAUGGCUGCCGCCGUGUAUCUUUGUCUCCGUCGCAUCGUCAUCGCAUUUGGGCCUGAGAACUCGCGUAUCCCGCCCGAGUACUAUACUCGGAUUUUCAUCCCCUGCGACGUCAUCUCCCUCAUCCUCCAAGCAGCUGGCGGCGCCAUCGCUUCCAUUGCCUUCCACGGCAGCCGCUCAGCCGCCACAGGCACAAACAUCAUGAUCGCCGGCCUGGCCUUCCAAGUCUUCACCCUCCUAUGCUUCAUUCUCGUCUCCCUCGACUUUGCCUUCCGCGCCUACCGUCGUAGCCGAACGCACCCCCUACCGCAGGACCCCGCCCUUGUUCGCAUGCGUGCCGCCUUGCCCUUCCGCCUCUUCCUCGUCGCCCUCGCCCUCGCCACCUUCUGCAUCCUUUGGCGGAGCGCCUUCCGCGUCGCCGAGCUCAGCCAAGGCUGGUCCGGCCCCGUCAUGGCCAAGCAGAAUCUCUUCAUCGCUUUCGAGGGCGUCCUCAUCCUCGUUGCGGCCGUCUCCCUCAACGUUUUCCAUCCAGCCUUCUGUGCGAGGGAGCUGUUCGACGUUGGCGGUGGGCUCACGGGUCUGUGGUGCUUGCGCAGGAGGAAAGAUGAGUGUGGCGAAAAGCCAAACAAAGCCUUCGACUCGGCGGAUUCAACCUAG